AUGGGUAAAUCGAUAUCUUGGAUUGGAGCAGUCGUUGCAUCUGCUUUUUGUUGGGCUAGUGCUGAUAUAACCUUUGACGUCAUUCUUGAUAGUAAAGAAUCGGAUCUGCCUCAAAAGAAAUAGCUAUUGCCAUAAACUACUACACACCUUACUCAUUCUUAAACUAUGUUACUUUGUGCAUUGACGACAUAUAUAAUAAUUUUUGUAUACUUUAUAUAUAUAGAAUCGAUUGGACCUCUGUAUUCAGAAUUAGUUGGUAAGUAUUCACUCUUUGCGUCUGUUUAAUCAUUGCCGUUUUUGAUUGUUAGUGGCACAUUCUCCUAUUACCAUUAUCAUUUUAUUAUCAAAGCCUUUGAGAACUCAUCAAGUACUGUCAUACUACCAUUUUUAUAAUUUUCUUCAAUUUUUGCUUUUCUAUUCUUAAUUCUCCAAAACUACAUCUCAAAUAGGCCUUUUUUGUCUAGUUAUUUGCAUUUAUUGGCUUACUUUUUGAUACUUCUUGGAGGUUUAGCCCCAGCCACUGAUGGGCAUUUGAUUCGGAUUUUCCAAAUUAAAUUUUGGUCUUAGCCAUUUGUAAAAUUUGCUAUCAUUUCCGACAUGUCUCAUGCUUUAUACACCAAUAUCAUCAGUUAUGUUGGCAGAGGAGAUAAUGACAGUCAAUAGUUUAACAUAUAUGUAAACAUGGAAUUCUUCAUUCUUACUCGAGUAAUGUUUGUAAUAAUCCAAACGGUUAAAUUAUAUUCCAAUCCAGAAAUGUAGAUUGAAUUCAUUUAAUUGUUUAACAAGCCAAUCCCCUUAAUUUUAGGUACCAUGAUUGGAGAAUUUAUGACGUUAUUUGGUUACUUCAGCUCUGUUUAUGCUUAUUAAACAUAUUACUAAGCUGCUGUUAUAAGUGCCAGCGAAUCUUCAUUGAAUUUAAUUAUGAAUUUGUUCUUAGCAUAUUUUGUUAAGAAACACUUGAAUAUAGGGAAGUAGGCAUCUUUAUACCAUUUGUAAUUGAAGGUUGUAUCCUGCUUAGCAAUAAGCAUUGGAUUAGCCAUAGCUACAAUAUGA